CAAUCAUCGUGCGCGAUUCGUGAUCAUGGUGACGUCGUCGCAUAUAGUAAACAGAAUAUUUCAAAAUGGCUACUCGCUAAGAGUGGGAUUUUGUGUUAUUUGCUCAACUUAAAACGUGUUUUGUGCGAAAAUGGACCGCAACAUUGCAGCACUUUUGUCGAAAUUGGGAAACGAAGUUGGAAGAGACGAAGAUGGCCAUGAAGAGCAGAGCGAAGAAACGAGCCCGCUUCCAAAAACAGCCGACGAGUGGUUAGCAAAAAUGGGUUUUGUUUCAUGGCCUAUAAAACUCGCGGAAGAAAAUAGCCUGAAGUUGACACCAGAAGAUGUAGGAACUGGUACUCUUGAAGAUAUUAUCAAUGCCCUAGCUGAACAUGCACCGUUAGAUCUUAGUAUUUUGGAUGAAGUCUUAAAACAGAUUGAAGAAUUGGAAAAGAAAGUGUACUUUUAUGCAUCAAAGAUUUUAAAUAUUGAGGUAUUAUCAAUCUCGUUCCCAGAGUAUGUUUGUUCGCGGGUUAUCUAGUGCCACUACAUAAUCCGCAAACAGGCAUACUCUGGGAACGAGAUUGAGGUAUUAUUAGUUAAUGAUAAAAUUGGUCCACCCCCCUGCCAAACCCCCCCCCCCCCCCCUAGGUUACUACAUCGAACAUAUUUUCACUCACUGUUUCAAUUUUAUAUUUAUUUCCUUAUUCCAGGUGAAUCCUAAACAGGAUAGCGAGGAUGAUAAAAAAGAUGUGGCAGAAGCGGAAACGAGAGUUUUAACCCCAGUGUUGGUUCGUCAAUAUAGGAACAACGAAUCCAAUGUCCUUGAAUUGGCAAAAAAAUCCCAAGAGAAAGAAGCACUGAACCGUAAAGCAAAAACUGUCGAAAAUUUCUCCUAUUUUGGAUUCAUGCCAAAUGAGCUCACACCCCUACCAAGAAACCUGGAAUCACAACAACUGCUAAACAAAGUCACGAAGAUCCAAAACUUUCCCCAACCUUUUAGAAACAUUUGGAAAAAGGCGAUUUUAUCUGAAGCAUCUGUCGCUGUAUUCCAAGACUCUUUUUGGUGGAUUUUUUGCCAUCUGUUUGAACCGACACAAGCCAAGGAUAUGAUAUUCUCUCGGAUCGCGGAUAGCUUCAUUGCGCUCUUUUUUGGUGUCCCUACUGCAUACAAAGAUCGAUUUUUUUUCUAUUACCCCAACUGCCUUGCACAGGCACUUUAUGCUGGUUUCUGUGAAGCCUUCCCAGAUUCCUAUAAUAUAUUUGGGAAUCCCUUCAAGAGCACAUUGACGGAAACCAUCUACGAGUGGAUCUCGGGGGUACGCCCCCCGCCCAUGUUGUGGGAAAACUGGCGACUGGACGAAUUGGAACCCACUGGAAUGCAGAACUCCGAAGAAACUCGGAAAUCACUUGUUCCGAAAAUAUUAUCAUUUGAUAUCGACGCAGUCCUAGGCGAGGAUAGGGUGUCACCAUCUGAAAAAAGUAAAGCAAGAUCACGCUCCCAGGUUGGCCAUAGCCCUGAAGUCCAGACGUCUCAUCCUACUGGGAGUGGACCAGAUUUCCACAAGGUUCAAUUCAAUAUACUUGGCCACAGUCCGCUCGUAUCGCACUUCAUGUGCGUUAAAGGACUCAAGGAAACUGAUUUGGACAGAGUGAAAAAAGUUGUUGGUCGCACUGAGAUAGCCCGGUUACCCGAACCCAAACCUACGUACCAAGGCCUCAUCAACGAGUGCAAGAGGAAUUCACAGUUGCUGAGUCAGCAAUAUCGACUUGUGCUACAAAUGUCGGCCGAGGAAAGUCAACGCAUACAGAAACAAAAACGUGAAGUUAUUGCAAAGAUUAAUCAGAUGCAAAAUGAACUCACUAGGAAACAUAGUGAUUUUAAAACAAUGAGUGAAAAAAUUUAUGAUUUAGUUUUACACUCAGAUUAUGCUUAAAUUAUGUGCUUCAGAAACGUUUGAAAGUUUACAAUAAAUUAAAAGUUUGGACCUGUUUUAUUGAUACUGAAUGCUUAAAAGUUUCAACAAGUUUUAAAAAUGUCAUCAUGGUGAUGUUUUAAUUAAAUAUGUCUAGCUCAGUAGAGCUGUGCAGUUCCAGAAAUUUCAUCUUGGUUCCAGUCCUUUUGGAGGUGACAGAACUUAAGUUCAGUGUCAGUUUUCAGUAUUUUCAAGAGGCAUUUUGUUAUUUUUCUGACACGAAGCAGUGACACAUCGGGAAUGAAACUAUCGGUUCUUCUGUGCAUGCCCGGUGCUGACUAUCGGUUGCUUAAAAAAGAACCAUACCAAUUGAAUCUUUUGGUUAACUGCACAGCUCCGUAUAUAGCUCAGUUAUAGCAGCAUUAAAUAAAAAACAAAUUCUUUAAGAAAAAAUUCCUUUUAAUUUUUCCUUAUAUUCUUCAUUAUGUUCUUUCUCUUUCCUAUCCAAUUCCUCAAGUUCCUUUCUAACUGUUUUCACUAAGCUCUGAUCCAGUUCCAUCACCCGUUCAAAAUCCUGCCUUGCUUCCUUAGGGUCCCAACAGCCGACAUGAGCCUUUGCCCUUCUGUAUAAAGCUUUCACAUUAUUCGGGUCAAUGCUAUCUAAAACUGUGGUUGUAUGUCUUAUAACUUCAUAAUAUUCUCCCAACAGUAGCUUGCAUUGUGCAUAGUUUAAUAAAAAUGGUAGUUUCUUUUCGUUUAGCUCAUUCCAAGCUUCGUCUUUAGGUUUUUCUCUUAGGCAGAGUUGUUCCAGACAGCCUAAAGCCUCACUAUAUUUUAGAGCAGCAUCUGUGUACUUUUUUUCUUUAUAGAAAUGGUUGCCUUCCUCUUUAUAUUUUGGCAAAAUAGCGAGUUUUUCUUUGUCAUCCAUCUGCCAAGCUUCCUUUUUGUAUUCACCGGAUUUCUCAAACUUUUCAAGAUGCAUUUGAAAGACAAGAUCUGGCUUUUCUUUUACAAGUUCAUCAAGGUCUUUGUAGCCUAACAAU